AUGGCCACAAAUCAAAACUUUGAUGAAAUAUAUAAUUAUGCAAAAAAGAAUGAAAAUUCUGAUUUAAUCUAUAAAUCAUUAUUACUUCAAUCCGAUGUUUUAAAUUUCAUACCAAAAAACGAGACAUUCUCAAUUUUACAUCAUAUAGUCAAUAAUGCUAAUGUUGAUUUAUUCAAUAAAGUAAUUGCUAUACCAAAUUUACGAUUUAUUUUAUUAACAAAAACCUUGACAAAACCAGCAAAAGAUAUUCUCGAUAUAUCAAGAGAAAAUUCGACCAAAAGUAAACAACAUGACAUGAUGUAUAAAACAAUUAAAAGAUUAACUGAAUUGGAUAAAUUUGUUGAUUAUGCAAAAUGUAAUCAAACAGAACAAUGUAAACAGAUGUUAAAUCUAGGUGACAGUAAUUUAGUAAAUAUGAAACCACCCUACAGUAAUUCCACCAUUUUUUGCUAA